CCAUGACGUCAUUGCGGCAGCAGCCCGGGGUAGUCACUAGAUGGAGCGAGAGGUGUAAUAGGGUAGAGUGAGAGACUCCCUCCUCCAGCACACACAGGGCUGUCACUCUCUGCAUCUGAUACAAAUAAACGCAGUGGGGAGAGCAGCACAUAGGAUGCCUCUAGGAGAGAUGGACAAAACAUGGAAAAAGAAGGAGGAAAUUAAAGUGGCGUACGAAUUCAAGGAAGUCCUGGGAACAGGCGCCUUCUCUGAAGUGGUCCUGGCUGAGGAGAGGCAGACCCAGAAACUGGUGGCCAUAAAGUGUAUUCCCAAGAAGGCUUUGGAGGGGAAAGAGAACAGCAUUGAAAAUGAGAUUGCUGUCCUUAGGAAAAUUAAACACCCAAAUAUUGUGUCUCUGGAAGACAUUUACGAGAGCCCGACACACCUCUAUCUGGUGAUGCAACUUGUGUCUGGCGGAGAACUGUUUGACAGGAUUGUGGACAAAGGCUUCUACACUGAGAAAGAUGCCAGCAUGUUGAUCCAGCAAAUCUUGGACGCUGUCACAUAUCUGCAUGAACUGGGCAUCGUGCACAGAGACCUGAAGCCAGAGAAUCUGCUCUACUACAGUGUUGACGAAGAUUCCAAGAUAAUGAUCAGUGAUUUUGGUCUGUCUAAAAUUGAGGGAACUGGAAGUGUGAUGUCAACAGCAUGUGGGACUCCAGGAUAUGUAGCUCCAGAGGUCCUGGCCCAGAAACCCUACAGUAAAGCAGUCGAUUGCUGGUCCAUAGGAGUGAUCUCCUACAUUUUACUGUGUGGUUAUCCACCAUUCUACGAUGAAAAUGAUGCAAAGCUCUUUGAGCAGAUCUUAAAGGCUGAAUAUGAGUUUGAUUCUCCAUACUGGGAUGAUAUUUCUGACUCCGCCAAAGAUUUUAUUCAGCAUCUCAUGGAGAAGGACCCUAAUAAACGUUACACGUGUGACCAAGCUUUACAGCACCCCUGGAUUGCUGGUGAUACCGCCUUAGAUAAAAACAUCCAUGAGUCGGUUAGUGAGCAAAUGAGGAAGAACUUUGCAAAGAGUAAAUGGAAGCAAGCUUUUAACGCCACAGCCGUUAUACGUCACAUGAGGAAACUUCAUCUGGGCACCAGCCAAGAGGGGUCAGUGCAGAACACACCAACCAGUCCAUGUGAUGGGACUCUUCUGGUACCAGGAGGGAAUUCAAAAAAUGGAUCACCCUGCGAAGAAUUCUCUCUAUCUCCCUCUGCACAUUCUACCGUGCAAGCGGAACAAAACUUGCUGACUAACCAUUCUCACAGCUGCCAGUACAAUCGAGUCUAAGUCCCGAUGGAGAACGUCGAUAUUCUGGCCAUUGGUUACGUUGCCUGGGCUCAGGGGCAAUUCAAAUGCAACACUCAUUCCAUUCUCAGUACAUGUUGCCUUGUGCUUCGGGGCCCUUCUGAAUGCUUUAGAACCUUCCUCUUUGCCAGAGUGUCGACCUAACAGAACUUCUGCCUCUGCCAGUGAUGUGAUCAUUGCUUUUGGAUGUGUGCGAGGUGGUUGUACAAGUGACAUUCUGGGGUGGUGAGAACUUGAUCACAGGCUGUAUUUUAAAUUCCAUACGGGGGAAAAUAAAUUACAGAACAAGGUAAAUGUCCUACCUAUGCUACAACCAGAAACUCAGAAAGGAAUCUGAACAUUUUCAAUGUUUUAAAUUUCCAAUUGAUUUUAUUUUAAACAAAAGGAAAGAAUGAAUAAGAAGGGAGUUUACAGAUUGACUGAAAUCCAAGUGGUCUUGACUUAGUUUUCUCUCUUCUUUAUUGGAUGAUUCCUAAAAUAAAGGUAAUCUCAUGGCUUACUUAUGUUUGGCGACCUUUUAAUGUUGCCAAUUCUUUAGAUCCUGCCCAUAGUUUAAAAAAGCGAACAGUCCCAAGUAUUGUGGUAAGUGCCACACAAGUCUGACCUGAUCUCAAGACUCUUUUGUUUAUGUAUGUAUAUAUUAUGUAAAAUAUGAUAAACUUUGACAUAUGGUCUCUGAUUGGAUUCAAGCUCUGUCCAUAUUGGCCUCUGGAUUCCUGAGUUCUCAAUUUGAUAUCGUGAAAUGAAUGAUCUGUCUUGGAUGUCUGAGAUCAUUCAUACCUUUUUUUUAAAUCUUUAAUCCCAAAUAGUAAUUGGUUCAAAUAUCCUUGCUUUUGCUUGAAAUCUUUCAUGAGUCUCUCCUGAGAGAGUUAUUGUUUUAUCUGAUCAGUGAAGGUUUUCAAACAAAAAAACAGCUUCUCAUCCUUUGAUACAGUGACGGGUAGCAUUUUAACAUUUGCUUAAAUUGUGCUGCUAUGGGAAUUAUUCAGACCUGCCAACCAGUGCCAUUUGAUUAACUUAGUGAAUUUUAUUGAGGUAGAAGAUUGUAGACAGAAAAACAGUUGCUUUCUUGGGCCUUUUGUACUUGCCCUUUUUAUGGAUCAGUGGUAGAUUAGAUCCACAGUGUUUUGCUUUUAUAGUUAAUUGGCUGGAAUUCUUUUAGAUGAAUGCCGGAUGAGGUACUAACAAGAUAUGAUUGACUGCUGCAGAGUGCCUACAUUGUCCUCCACACCUGGUAAUUCAUGGGUGAAAGAUAGGUUAUCAUUUCUGGCAGAAACCCUUCAUUAGGUAGGCCGUGAAACUCAGUGGUGUCUAUACCAUUUCUGGUAGAAACCCUUCAUCAGAUAGGCCGUGAAACUCAGUGGUGUUCAUACCAUUGCAGUCUGAUCAUUUUGUUGUAUCCACAAAGGGUAGUUCUAUCCCAGUGCUGGAUGAGAUCGAGCUCUGGAAUAUUUUUUACACUACAUAGCAGGUUUUGAUUCUAGGUGAUGAAAUUGCACACUUACAGAUUUGAAAAUAUUAAGGGCUAAUUCGUAGAGUUAUGCAGAUUAAAAAUAAAGUCUCAGCUUCCUCUCUAGAAUGUAUUAAACGUAACAUGGGCUAAUUGAGACUACAGAUACUUUACUGUAUUGGACAAAAGGUCAAACUGCUCAAUAGGCUCCGUUCUGGGUGAAUUAAUGGUUUAUCUCCGUGUCAAUGGGGCACUUUUCCUUACAAUAUCUUUUAAUAAGAGUGAAGUAUGGCCCUUCUGGGCAAAGCAUUGAUGUUACUGCUGUUUUUGAUAUGCUCUAUUGUACUUGAUUGCAAAUGAAUUAUUAGUAAGGCAUUUUAAAUAACAACAGCUCACACUACUAAUUGACUCAGACAGAUCAUAUUGUCCCUGUGGCCAGCCACCAGUUCUCACACAAAGUUCCAACACUCGUGGGUCAGGACUGUGUACCCUGGUGCUAACUCUGAGUUUCCACUAUGCUUUUAUCUGACUGAUUGAGAUUUUCAUUACUAACUAGAAAUGAUAAUUAAAAACAGAGGAGGUCCUGUAAUUAAGGACGGUUUACGUUUUAGUUUGUGUGCAAAAACCCACAAAUCCCGAUGCUUAAGCCCUGCCAGUCAGCCCAGCACACAACAACACACUGAUGAUUCUGUUUUGCCUCAGUGCUCAGGGGCUUAGUUGAGAAAUAGUUCCCAGAAGUAAUUUCUAAACUUGAAUAAUGUUUGUUUAGCCAAGUUAAACUUGGAAACAUGAUGUUAUAUUCAUGGUCUGUACCAUAUAAAGCCUCAAAUGAAUAAAUCUUGCAUCUAAUCACUGAGGGAGACACUUUCUGUUGUGAUGGCUCCGUGCUAUGAUAGCUUUAUCAUGAGCUAUUGAUAAAAAAAAAAUCUCAUUUUAGAAAUAUACAUAUUAAAAUAGAUACAUUUAAGAUAAAUCUCUGCAAUUCUGAAGUAUUUUCCUAAUGUACAUUUGUGUUUGGUGAGCUGAGAGGGAAGCCUGGGGUUUUCAUGAUACCCACUCACACUUCAGCGAACUACUUUUCACCAUCUAGUUAGCUCAUUCCUCUAAGGAGAUCAAAUGCUAAAACGCAUGUGUUACUCAGUCAGUCAACGGUUUGGAGUGACCGUGGCACACAGUGGAAAUUGUCAAUAAGGGUGACUAAGGAAAGACCUGUAUUUACGAAGUUGUAUAGUCCUGGAAUCCUAUCACAUGGAAACUGGCCCUUCAGCCCAUCUUGUCAAUGCCAACCAAGUGGUCUACCUAAAUUUCUCCUGUUUGCCUUCUUAGCUAGAGUGUGGUGAGUCUGUGGAAUUCAUUGCUACAGGUGGCUGUGGAGGCCAAGUCAUUGCGUAUAUUUAAAGUGUAGGUUGAUAGAUUCUUGGCUAGCAAACGCAUCGAAGGUUACAGAGAAAAGGCAGGAGAAUAGCGCUGAGGGGGAUAAUAAAUCAGCAAUGAGAAUUAGGCCAAAUGCCUAAUUCUGCUCUUAUGUCUAAUGAUCUUAUUUGUCUGAUAUCCCACCAAACCUCUCCCAUUCCUGUACUUAUUUAUAUGUCUUUCAAACAAUGUGUUAGUACUAGUUUCUACCACUUCAUCUGGCUGCUUAGUGCAUAUAUCACCUGUGUGUAAAAAGAGUUGCCCCUCAAGUCCCCUUUAAAUCAUUCCCUUCUCAACUUUAACUCCUGGGAAAAUGACAAUGAUUAUUCAUCUUAACUAUGCCCCUCAUGUGUCCCUCUAUGGUCACCCUUCAGUCACUGCUCCAGGGUAAAAAGCCACAGGCUAUCGAGCCUGUCUUUGUAACUCAAGCCCUCCAGAUAUGGUAACAUCUUGGGAAUCUUUUCUGUACCCAUUCUAGCUUAACGGCGUCCACCUAAAACUAGGUGAUCAGAAUUGCUCAUAAUACUUCAUGUGCAGUCUCACCAAUCUUUUGUAGAGCUGUAACAUGAUAUGUUAAAUCUUGUACAAUAAUCGAGUAGUUAUGUGGGUCCUUUCUCAGGCUUGAGAAAAUUCAGAAUUUGACAGCCAAUGAACCCCACUCAAAUGCAGUCAUUGCUGUGACAUACCAGACAUACCAGUCAGUCAUCUCCAACUAAUGGUAUUGCAUGAUUGACCAAAUGUUAUGAGUUCUAAUGAAAAUACUGAGGGAUAAUAUUGACAGAACACGAUUGAGAAUUUUUAUUGGAUGGUGUCUUUGAGGAAUAGUUAAGAAAAUACUGAAAUAUUACAUGGAAAUUUGGAGUUUAGAAUUUGUGUUGAUAAUGCUGGUGUAACUUGGGGGGAGGUUCAUUUACUUCUCCAUUGCAAUUAAAGAUAGAAAUGGAAGAAUUUGACUUUCAAACUGUCUAGAUUGUUUAGCAUGGGUCAAAAUGCAAUGACUGCUAAGCUGGACAAACGUGAAAGUGAUUACCAAGCUACAGGUGGCAGCAGUUAAAUUGUGCAUUCUGCUUGCUGAUUCAAUGACAUCUUUACUCUAACGGAGAAACUAAUGCUUCCCAUUCCUCCUUGCAUUAUUAAUUAUUCACUCUUCUGAAUGAAAUGGAGAAGAGGGCAUGAGAAAUGUGAAGUAGGAACAAUUUUGUACCGCGUGCUCAACUCUAUUAACCUAUGCUCCAGCUUCAUUAUUGCAGGAUAUGUCUUAACUGAUUUUGACUUUAUGCAGAGGGUUUCUCGAGAGGUCUCUGCUAUGUUUUUGUGUUGUAUGUGGUAUGCCCUGCUGGGUUCUAGCAGUUGAGAAAAUCUGAAAAUUAGUUAUCCUGCUGUCACACAGUGGAAGAUCAGCACAGAGCAAGUUUUCAUUGCUUGGGUCCAAGUACAAUCAUUGGAUUCAAUGUAACCCAACCUGCCAUUGUUAGAAAGUAAUAUUGAACUAACCAUUUAUCCUAAUUGUUUUAAUUAUCAAGGAGUUGGUCAACAGUGUCUGGGAUUGGGCUUUGCGAUGCCAGCCAUGAUAAAUCAUGAAUUUGUCUCAUUGUGUUGUAAUGUACGUAUGUUUCUGAAAUUUGCUUCCUUUAAUUUCAGUGGAACUGAAUUUCAAAAGCAAAGCUCAAAACACGCCGUAUCAUGUGUUAGUAUGCAUAACAGGGAAUGGAUGAAUACCCUAGUGAUAUUUGAACAGUUUAUUAUGAAUGAAGCAUUGGAAUUUAUGAUAUUUGCAAAUUAAUUCUGACUUUGUGUACUAAGUUUUAACUACUACAAAUUCUGAAAAGAAAAAAAAUUGGAGAUGCUGGGAAGCUUUGACCAGAAUACAUUCUCAGGGUACAUCACAAGCACCUGUGAUGGUGCUGCUGGGACAGACACUUCCUCAGAAUCGCAUACCUAUAUGAGGAGUUUGCACCUGAAACCUUCUUCAGUCAUUUCAGUGCAGGAAUGCUGAUGCAAGCACUGUUAUUUUAUAGCUUGGCUUUAUCUGAAUAACUCACACUUACGUAGGUUAUAAACAAAUGGUUCAUGAGUUUCAGUGGCUCUGAAGAAUUGCUUUCCAUGUUAACAUCUAUUGUAUAUUUUGAACCAUUUCUAAAAUGUUAACUAAACAUCAUAAGAAAAUCUGGUUUUGCAUCAUAUUCAUCCACAGGAUGAAGAUGUGUUGUUCUUUCAUAGAUGCUGAGUGGGUUGCCAUAGAGUGCCGGUUACUGUGAAACUGAACUCAAGUAACUGGCAGUUUUCCUUUCCCCAGGGAAGGGCUUUUGCUUUUAUGACAAACUGGUAUAUCUGAGGUUAACUUCUACUGCCGCUGGCUUUAAGUUCAUGUUUUUUAAAGUGAAUUGCAUUUGUUAUAGUGCCAAGGUGGGAAAUGAACUUUCAUUUUCUUUAUCACUUAUCCAGAAAUAAAUAUUACCCCAACCUCUCUACAUUCAGACCUGUAGUUGCAAUUAACUUUCAGAAUUGGUAAAUAACAUUCUUUCUGUGUCAUCACCUCAGUUCCCAGUUUCCAACUUAGAUCUUCUGUGUUUCAUUUUGAGCAUCUAUAAAGUAAGCUAAUCUAAAAGUACUUUAAGAGAAAAGUUAAAGAUCAAAGAUAAGCUUUACUUGUCACAUGUACAUCGAAAUAUACGGUAAGAUGAAUCAUAUCGGUCCAUGACCAGCAAUGUGCUGGCUGCAACCUGGAAGUGUCCCCUCCUGCAGUACGACUUACUAAUGCACAACUUAGUAAUCCUUACUAACUAGCACAUAUUUGGACUGUGGGAGGAAACCAGAGCACCCAGAGGAAACCUACACAGCAAAGUGAGAACGUACGACCUCCUUACAGGCAGAGACAGGAAUUGAGCCCGGGUCACUGGCACUGUAAAGUGCUGCACUAAUCGCUGUGCCACCCACUUUUCAGAGUUUAUUUAUUGUGAAAUAUACCAGUACGAGAACCCUUUACUCUGUGCUUUGGGGCAUAGGGAGAGAUUAAAUUUGCUAUUUAAAAUGCGGCUGAAAGUCUUAACGUAUGGAGGGCACGAGUUUUCCGGUGAGGCAGAGCACAAUUUUUAUUACAACACAGAAUUAUGUCAUUCCAAGGGUUCGGGUUACCAACAGCAAACAAAGAUCGAACAGAUUUCUGAGCCCAUUACUAUUUCUAAAAGACAAUCUCCAUGAGUUGUAUAUCUCAUAAUAGUUUACUCUGAGAGGAUGAAACUGGCCCUUUAGCCACCUCACUCUAACUUGUAAAAGAGGAUUGGUAGCAAUAGCUGUCAAUAACAAUCUAACUACUGGAAAAAUGAAAUCAAACACAUUUUGGGCCACCUACAGCUCACUUUGUUCAGUCCAUUGCUUUUAAUGGAGUAAAGAGAGCUAAAGUCCAAAGCACAAGUAAUCCCAGUUUAAUUACAAAAUAGUGAGGAUGAAGUGGGAUCAUUUUUGAGGUGGUGGAUAGCAAUGUUUAAAGGGCUACUGCUGUAACAGAGAAUCAGUAAGUUGCCCAACAACAGAAAUUAGAAUAUCUGUCUAUUGAAUCAAGAGUGUAAUAUAAAAUCUAAAGACGAGACCUGUUCAGGGAUUUGUCAGGUUUUCUUGGAGCAGUUCACCAAAUGCAUGUGACAGAUUGUGCUGAUGCAGCCAAUGCACAUUAGCUGUGCAUCGCGGUUGCACUUAUGUAGAUUGUUUGUGCCCUGUCACGCUAAGUUAAAGUGGCCUGUGUCAUUACUGUACGUAUGUGGAAGGGUUUCACUGUACUUUGUAUUGGGGUUCACAUUCCCUGUGGCUUCAUUGCGGACUGGUGUCCCAGUCCAUCUCUCCUCGUGGACGAGCUAUCAGUGCAGUCACUUCCCUGCCUACUGGUGAGUGUGGUUAAACACGUCCUGUGGUUGUAACAGGUGAAGUCACAAUGUCUUUACUCGUAUGAACUCAGCAGCUCUUUGCAUGUUGGGCUAUAAUAUAUGGUAAAUUUUCAGGUUUCCAUGUGAAAACACAUAAAGGAAGAUGCUUACUAAACAUAAACUUAUUUCUUAGCUCUGGGUACAAUGAUUUUAAAGAAUUAGUUUAUUCCUAUAGUUUCCAAAUGUUUGUUGAAUGAUUGGGAUCCAAGUCCUAAACUCUUGUUGCCAGAAUGUAUAGUCAGUUCAGCGUUGCCCAUACGUGUAACAAAAGGCUGCAUCUGCUCUUGUACAGCCUUUCACAUUUUAGUCUCUAGCCUAAGUUUUACAGCUUCCGCUGUCUGUGUUUAUAAUGGAAACUGUGCCAAUCUGACACACGGUGAGUUUGGCUUCCAAACAUACAGUAGAUACAAUGCAGUGUCUCACUUUCACGGCACCAAGAUCCCUAGUACAGAAGACAAAUUCCUAGCAAAAUCGAGCUACCCAAUUGCCAGGAAUUUGCUAUAAUUAUAACUAAUGUAUAUUAAAACUUUUAUUUAAAAUGAAGAUAGAUUUUUAAUUAUCAGACCAUUCUACUACAGUUAUUUCUGUCCAAUUUGUAUUCAAUAUCGUAGUUCUUCUGUUUGUUCCAGGAAAAAGUGCCACACUAAUGAAAUCUAUAGACCUCUUGGUAAUCAAUGAGAAAAUCAAAUUGGAUCAGCAGACUGAUUUGUGUUUCCUUCGUUAUUCCCUCUUGACUCAUUUGUACUUUUAGAGAAUGUAAUGAUGUCAACUAAAUAAUUGACAUUUCUUUGCAAUUAAAUACUGCAAUCAAUGCUCACCCUCCUAAACAACUUUGAACAUGACACAUGACAUUGUGAGUUGCAGUUUAUUGUUGUCUACAGAUCAAAUCUUUCCUUCUAGAAGCAGUAGUAUAGACCUGUUCAUCUUUUGUUUUGUUUUGUUGAUUCUCUCACUGUUAUAAUGAAGCUGGUCGUGAUAAAAAGCUGCUGAAGCAGUGCUGGGCUUCUGUAAGCCAACUGAUAUGAAAGUUGCCUACUCCAUGUGGAAUUGUUGCAACUAUAUCAGAAGUAGCUAAUUGCUAGAAGGCCUUGGGGCCUGGGAUCAGGCUUAGUCAUAUUCAGAUUGUUAAUGAAUGAUUUGGAAUUAUACUAAUACACAGUCUGUGGCUGGACAGAAAGCUCCUGCUGCUUAGACACAAGUAGAACUCAUGAUUUUAUUCUUUAAACUUGGAUUAAGUUUACCAUUAAACAAGGAACAAGGAAGAAAGAUUAUGGUGGUUGUGUUGAGCAAACAUCUUCCUCUGCCAGCGCUUGUGUUGUGUUCUUUCUGCUAAUUUUUAUGAAGACUGCACCAAAAUGUAAGCAGUUCUGAGCUCUUUUGGUAUGGAUGCAAUGCAUCAUGGGUAAUAUUGAUUAUGCUAAUGAAGCCAUUGAUUUGUACCUUUUUUGUAAUUGUUAUUGACCAAUAAAAAUGUUUGUCUACCCUC